AUGGCGGACGAAGAAACAGAGCUGAGUGAGAAGCAGAAGAUAGACAUUGCCAAAUGGUUCCUCCUCAACUCCCCCCCCGGCGAAAUUCAAUACGUCGCCAAAGACCUAAGAUCGGUUCUCAGUGACGAGAAUGUGUAUAGAAUGGCUGCUUCGGAGGCGUUUCCUCUGUAUAACAAAGCUCACAUGAUAUGCCUCCAAUUGCCGGAUAGAAGCGGUGAUGUGUUGGUAACAUCAUUUAGCGAGAUUGAUAAGAAUGAUUAUCUUGAUCCCCGGACGGCCCAAGUUGCUAUACUGGACCAUGUGAAGCAAGGAGUGCAGCGAGAGUCCCUUCGAUCAUCCCCGCACUAG